AUGGAUAAUCUCCUGCUUUUCUUUACUCUGUUUAUUCUCGGCUCCAAAACCGCCACGGCCAGUCUCACGAGCCAACAGCUCGACUCCGCCUUGUUCGCCCUCCGAUCUCGUGGCUACACCCUCUUCCCCAACGCCAUCACCACAUCGGAUCUCCGCCUCCUCCUCCUCUCUUUAAAUUUCAAAUUUACCCUCUUCUCCCCUCCGGACCCUCUCAUAUACUCUCUUGACCUCUCCUCCACCGCCCCUCUUUACAUCCGCUCCCUCCUCCGCCAUAUGUCCCCUUUACGCCUCUCCAUGUCCGACCUGCGAAGUAUCCGGGGCAGUCCUUACCUUGACACUCUCGUCCCUCCUAACCGUAUCUCCAUCAACAAGUCUAUUUUUACUGAUAAGGGUACCGUUUCAGAGUCUCUGACGUUGGAUGGAGUUCGGGUCUCGGUUCCGGAUAUUUUUAUUGGGACGGACAUUGCGGUGCAUGGUCUCGAGGGGAUUCUUGUUGCCGGGGUUGAGUCUAAUUUCCAGGAGGAGCAUAUUGAUCGUCGGUGUGAUCCACCGCUCAUGUCUCCAGUAGCUUCUUGGUCUCGGAAUUCUCCAGCGAGUUCUCCAACGGCGGAGGUUGUAUUGAGGGGAUAUGAAACCCGGAGUCGAGGCCAAAGAAGAAGGAUGGGAAGCGUGGUUAUCGGAAAGCGAAUCGGCGAGGGUUUCAUGGUGACCUCAGCAAUGAAAGGGCACACAGUAAUUUUGCCGUGUCAUUUGCUGCGAGUUCUAGAAGGACAGGCAAAUAUGAAUUCAGCAUAG